GAAUUUAAACACUUACGCCCUAAUUCUUGUCGAAAGAAAAUUGCAAAAUCCUUCCACGAACGCAUUGACUGUGACAGUAAUCUUUGGAAUUUACGAGCAAUUGUUAUUUUUAAGAACGAUGGGCUCAUAUUAUUGGACAGCAGUCGAAUUAAAAUCUAAAGUUUGUUCCAGUAAUGCUUCGUUCGUAUUAGCAAUAACGAAACCAUUCUAUCCAAAGCCAAAUUAUUACGACCUAUGUCGUUAUUAUGACCCUUCCGAUAAUAUCAUAUUAACGGAGUAG